AGAAUUGCGCGUUUUGAAACUUUGUUGGAUUAAAGUGAAGCACGUUAAAAGCUAGAGUACGUAGGUAGAGCAGUGCUAUUCCCGGGCUGUAGAAAACCGUUUUAUUCAUUUAUGUGUUAAAACACACAGACGUGUCGGUUAUAACAUUGAAAGCAAGUGAUCCAUCAUGCAUCAUAUUUUCAAUGUUACCGACAAUAUUACUUUCAACGCGUUAGUUUGGACAGAGUUAAAAAAACAUGGGAUCAAGGAGACUGGAAGAUGGAGAAAACCAACAAGAAACAAUGAUCCACAGAAAAAAAGUCUAUUUUGUCAGCCCUUGGAACUACUAGAGAGUGAAGAAGCUCUUAUCAUGGUUGAAAGUGAACUAGAAAAUAUUCCAGAUGGGUCUACUCCAAUAUGUGCCAAAGGAGAUAUUCUUGUACAAGUCCCCACAUUUGUUGUACAAUCUUGUCAGGCCAUCCUGAAGGGUGUCCAAACUGAAGGCUUGUUUAGGAAAGCUGGUUCUGCAUGCAGACAGAGGGAAAUAAAACGACAGUUGGAAAGAAAAGAAGGAUUCAAAUCAAGUCAUGAUGUGAUCGAUUUAGCCAACAUCUUGAAGCAGUUUCUAAGGGAGCUUCCAGAUCCUUUGAUUCCUUAUCAACUACAUGAUAUUUUACUCAAAUGUGUUCAGAUGGAGAGCUUAGAAAAAGCUUCUCAGAUGCUUCACUUGACAUGCUUACUAAUUCCACAGCCAGCCCUGGCUACUUUGUGUUAUUUGUUGCAGUUCUUCGAAGCAGUAGCUGCCAAUUCAUCGACGAAUUUGAUGGAUGCUAGCAAUAUUUCUAUAGUUAUGGCACCAACACUCAUGCCGGUUCAUAUAGCUGCUUCCUCCAGAAACGAUCGGCAAAAUUGCAGUAAACUUCAAAAUUCUGCCAAAGUCAUACAGAUGCUUAUCGAAAAUAGCAGUAAACUUUGUGGGAUUCCGCAUUCUAUAGCCAGCCGCCUCGUUUCAAUUUCCUCUACUUCACUGGUAGAUCAAGAUCGUGGCCGACGAAAUAGCCGUAGCAAAAGCCGGCACCGUCGCAGCAGUUCAUUUAACCGGGUAUUUGAAGGUUUGCGCAAAAUUGUUGGAGCUAAAAGCGAAUUUUCUGCUUCAGUGGAACACCUCUCUGAUUGCCGAUCAGAAUCAGCGGCCGAUUUGGUUACUCCGAUAAGUCCAGUGAUUCGUUCGACUUUCAAACGUAAAGUGGAUAUCGAUAUCAAUUCAGGAUUUGCAAUUAAAAAGAAAAAAGCUGCAGGGGAAGGUCUAUCGAAUGGAAAGGUGUUAUGUACUACUCCCCUCACUCCACAGGGGAAUCACCGAUAUGUAAUUCAGACGGAUAAUCAUCAUUCAUACUUCGCAUCACCUCGUAUCGACUUAAAUCCUAGUCCUUCUGGUCCGACUGUAAAUUCGGAAAGUAACAGAUCAUCUGUUGGUGUUCUGCGGUUUUUUCAUCGAAAGAAAAUAGCCGGAAGAAAUGAAGAAUCCAAUCCUGCCCACCCUGUUAUGAAAACUCCUAAACUGACGAAGCGACGACUAAGUUUGGGGAAAAAAAAUUCAAAAAAACAUCUUGUGGUAGAAAAGAAGUGUGAACUUGAUGAGAAACCAAUAGCUACCUCACCACCAUGUGAUGCUGAGACCGUCGCAAAAGAUUCUAAAAAACUUCUUACUCCGUCACCGGUCAGGCAUGUUGAGGAGGAAGAUUACGUGGCGAUGCACCAACACUAUGAAGAGUUAAAAAUUCACGUCACCUCAUUAGAGAAAGAAGUAGUACAGAAGAACUUGCAGUCUUUGAGUCCGGAUCUUGAUGCUAAAGGGCAGAAGGUUUUCCUUGCGUUGGAAGUACAGGAUCAAUACGAGAAGACGUUAGAGGAAUCCGACAAGUUGUUAUUAGAGCGUUCGGCUUCGGAAGAAUUGGCGCGACAACUUAGCCGGGGUCUACGUAUCAGAAAAAGUGCAGAACAAAGAGUUAUUCGUUCUCCCAGUGCACGGAAAAUUGGUGCAAUCAGACGCCGAUCUAGAGAAUCUCCGCGGGCAAAUUCUUCUGACUCGAACACUUCUGGUUCAUCUCGACGCCUUACUCGUAGUCAGUCGAUGUUAGCCAUUCGACGAAAUCCUAGUAUUCUUGUACAGCAGAUGAUAACACCUAAGAGGUUGAUUGAACCAAUUCAUCCAAGCACUCAAGAAGCAAAGAUAUCUCUUCGACGAGGCAAACCUAACACUAUCCGGACUGGCCUAAAGGAUCCUACCCCUAUGAGAGCACAAUCUAUAAGCCAAUCUAACAAUAAAAAAAGCGCAGAGAUGCCUUUGGACAAUGAGACUCCUCGCAUCAGUAGGUUACGUACUGUGCCACAUCCCAAUACCUUGGCAAUAGAAGAUUCAGUGAAUGUCCCGAGACACUGUGUAACUCGCAACGGUUCCGUUUUGAAAUUAGCUCAAAAUUUUACGGCAAUAACCCAAAACGAAAUUACAGUAGCUAGUAUACCUUUGGGUUCUCCAGUUUCACUGGCAGAUACUGCUGUCCUUGUUACACCCGAAGGCUGCCAGCAAUGGUCCAGCGGAGAAGUUCUUAACCGACAUUUGGACCAUUUAAAAAUUCCUCUAACUGGUCGACCUUCAGUCCAAAAGAUACGAUCUGAAAACAUUGGCAAAGUAUCGGCCCAUGUUCGGAAAUUUGAUAGGCUAGCCUCUCCCACUCUUCCUGAUGCCCGUUGCGCUGCCUUAAAUCCUGGUGUCACUGGUAGUUCAACGGAGACAACGCCACUGAUUUUACGUUCUCCUAGAAAACGCCCUAGCAUUCAACGACAACUUUCGGAUCCUCAAGUCAUUAAAGAUCGCUCGACGCCUCCUAAGACUCCACAAGUUUCUCCACUUCGUGAAAGUCAGCGAGCAAAUGCAUUGCCUCUAUCUUCCAAAGGAAACGAUCGUUACGACCUCAAGAUUAAAGCGCCGUUAUUAACGCCAAACCAUGGGACGCACGGGACAAAUACACCCUUUGGGCUGAAGUUGCGAGGCACAGAAAUGAAACAUACUCGUAUUCACAAGAAACCUUCGCCACUCAAGGCUACUGGUCCAUUAUUGCGUCGAUCUCCGCGGUUUACUCCUUCAAAUUGAUUUUUUGUUUGCAGACUCGACGUUCACAUGUCAUGGACGACGCAUCAGAUCUACUUUUAAAUAAUUAUUAAAUAAUCUAAAUAACGCGACUUCAGUGGUCAUACAGGAUCUCCAUAACAUUUCCCCCUUCCCUCUUGACUGGUUAUCAAUUGGAACUGGACUCUUUUAGACCCAUAUGAAAAGCAUGAUACGCUAUUUUCCAUUCGUCUUCCAGUAUUGCCACUAAAUUUCUAAAGCUUCGCCUAUCUUAUUAUGUACGUUUCGGCGUUUGAUUCUCACCAAUUUUUUUUUGUUCGUCAAGUUUAAAGCUCAACUCUAUUUCUCUAUUUCUAUAACACAAUAAAAGUUUGAAUUCAUGAUAAACUACCAGUAUAUUCUGUCGUGCUAAGCAAAUAAAUUUGGCUUUGUUGACUACA